AUGUUGACGGGCUCACCGCUCGUAUCGUUGGCGUCGCCUUCAGAAAAGGCUUUCACUGCAGUGGAACGUCAUGGCGUUGGUGCUGUCAUUGACGUGUGGGGUCACUCGGAUCGAAUCUCGAGAGAUACCAUCUCAGUGCUCGAGAAGAUGCUACAAACCGACCCACGUCGACGCAUUCGCCUGGACCAAGUGCUAGCCCACCCCUUAUUCUCCACCAUAGUCGAGUAA